AAUGGUAGCCAUGAAAUCUACAAGAUUGUGAGGGAAGUAUUUUCAUCCGAGAGCUGGUUUUACAAUAAUUUUACGGAUCCUUGAUGUAAAACUUCGCUUUGGGAUGAACAUUUAAAACUUGAAAUGAAAGAUCAUUUCAAUUUUGAGGGUUCCCUGAAAAAUUUCUUUUUCAAGGGAUUAGAUGUUGAAAGUACAAGUGCCUUGGUUGUGACAUGUCUGGUGGUAGGAGCUAUGACCUUCCUACUGGAGGGGGCCAAAAUGUUGAUGUUGUACUGGUCAGCACGAAUUGCACAGAACCCGUUGACCUAUGGUUUUACUGACACAGAAGAUUUAGAUGACCGAGAUGAUCUUACAGCUUCACUGAUGAUUCCAUCAAGUUUAGAACAGAUUCGAUCGAGAAGAAUUAAAUACCACUGCCUGGGAAUGCUGACCCACACUUUUAACCUACUCACAGGCUACAUCAUAAUGUUGGCAGUGAUGACAUAUAAUGUGUGGAUCACCAUAGGGGUCAUCGCUGGAUCAGGAGUUGGGUUCUUCAUAUUUGGUGGUUUGAGGAGUAACAUGCAGACGAAGUAUGAAGGAUUGAAAUCAUCAAUAGAGAAUACAUCAAACUUCCAGAUAAAUCUGGUUGUCCCUGAGGAACAGCAUAUCUAACUUCCAGAUAAAUUUGGCAGUCGUUGAGUAGCAGCACAUCUAACUUCAAAAUAAACCAGGCCAGAGUUUCACCAUUAUUCCUUAACUGAAGGGAAUUCCUUGAGUUAAAAUUUUCCAUAAGAAAGAAUUAUUGGCUCUGUAAGGAAAACUCUUAAUACAGAACUCUCUAGAAAAUUUUAAGUUAAGGAAUAUGUUUAGAAAGUAGUUAUUUCACUUACACAGCACAUUAGUUUUUACACAGUGAAUAUAUUGAUAUUUGCAAAAAUAUUCAAGUUAAGAUUUGAUUUGAAUUGAUCAUUCUGUAAAUUUUAUUAGAUUUUAGUGCUGCAACCUGGAGAAAGGUUUGGAACGUUAAAAACUUAGUUAGAUUAUCAUCUUAACAUGCCAGUUUAAUAUAGCUAUAAUUUUAUAAUUGUUUUACUCUGUAAAAAGUUGUCAAAACACUGUGUACUUGACAGUUUCAUUUUAUCCGAACUCUUUUAUUUCCAACUUUAUCAAAACAGUGGGUUGUGAAGACAUAUUAAAGUCAAACUGUCUUGAAAUUUAAAACUAAAUCUAGUCUUAUUGUAAUAUUUGAAUUUGAUUUGAACAUUAUUUACCUAUGUUUGUAAUGUGUAGAUAGUAUUAUUAAGCUAUACAAUGUAUACAAUACAAUGUAUACAAUAUGAUUAAGAUUUCAAAUGUGACUCAUUGCUGAUGUAUAUAAUAAUGAUAACAUUGGUGUGUAUGAAUGUGUACAAAAUCAGAUUUGUUUAAAUUUUGAAGAAUCAUUUAACAUAUUUUGACCCUGAAGGUGUGAAGCAUUAACACAUUGAGGCCAGAUCUCAUUUAGAUGGUUAAGCUAUGUUGUCCUAGAAGCUUGCUCUGUGUGGAAUGUAUGAAUUUUGAUGGCUUACAUUUUGGUUUUACAUUUUAACUUUAUGUGCUUAUUUGUUGUGCUUUUAAAACUACCGGUUCUGUCAUUGUUUUUAUUUAGCCUUUCCACAUACAGAUGUAAGUUAGAUCACAAUAGUGUGCUUUAUGUUUUUUUAGAUUUUCUGAGUGGAAAGGACAGUUAGAAUGAACUGUAACAAGUAAAAGAUAGAUAACAUUUGUUUUUGUUUUAAUGUUACAACGCCAAUUAUUUAUCAGUCUUUUUAGCCUUACAUUCUUGAUACAUUGAAAAUUGUUUUAAAGAAAACUUGAAGAAAACAAUAAAUUUUGUGAUUUAUUAAGGUUUGGUACUAUUGUAAGUUGUUGUUGUCUCAUUAUCACUUGUUAAAAAAUUCAAAUUAUCACUUAGUUUUUCUCUCUUUUAAAAUGUUAUGGCCCAAAUUUUUAGUGAAAAGUCUAUAGUAUUUGUAUUUUCUUAAUUUCAGCGUUGGUUUCAGCAUGCAGUUUAAUUGUUUACAUGAUUAUUUAUGCUCCUGUUACAUUGAUUUUACUAAUUAACAUUGAUAUUAUGAUAAGUAUGUGCUGUCGUGUUAUUUUUAUCUAUCUCCUCCACUUGACACUAUUCUCUGCACAGGAAAUACUUUGAUUAGCCAAGGAACAAAGAUUCAUUCAUACCUGUAAUUUAUUUGAUAACUAUAAAUAGGAAUCACUUGGCAGCAUCAGGUAAAAUUGAUUUAGAUUAAGUUUUCAAUGGACAGAUUGCAGCUUAGUGAUUGGUCAGGCAUAUAUGUCUAGAACCAAUGAAAUGACUCAUUACAAGCCUUCGAGAUUGACACAGUGAUAUAUAUAAUCUAAGGGUAACAAUCGACAGUAGAUACAUCGAAAAUGAAGAUGUCAUGUCCAAACAUCCCUGGUUAACAAGAUUUUAUUGUUUUUGAGUGAAAUUGUGUAUACGUCAAAAUGAGAUGUCUAAAUACAUAUAUCAAAUGUACAUUUUAAUGAAAUAUUGCUACUUUGUGCGUGUGUUGGUAUGUGUUGGUCAGUAAGCGAUCUGACCGACAUUAUUUAUAAUUCUAAGAUGCUUUUUACUGCUGUUCUAUUUGGUGAAUCGUUAAACUUUUAUGAUAUGACCUUUCAUUGACAUUGUUUCUAUUUGUACCGGUGCUGAACAUUGUUCCCCACCAACUUUGAUGAAUUGUGCUCCAUCUGUCUUCAUGCACCCAUGCACGCGCAAACACCUGUGCAUGCAAGUUUGAAAAGAAUUACCUUGACCACAGUCACAUCUGGAAAACUUAGUGCUACAAAAAAGUGGUGAAACUAGGCCCAAAAUAAGGGUUCCUGUACAGAUUGCAUGCAUCAUAUGCAGAAUUCGACCUAAAUUUCAUGAAUGAGUAAUUUAGUUCAAAAUCUUGUUAAGAAGAAUAAUGUUUUGGCCAUUUCUGGGUAACUGUAGUGCUACCAAACUAUUAACACAGAGAAUAUGUACAGGUGACACGACUAGGUUUUUUCAUAAUGUAUGUUGUGGAUGCAGAAUGUUAUCUCUGUUAUAUGCAUCUUUGUACUUUUAUAAACUUUUAAUAUAAGAGUUUGGUUGUUACAUUUGAUGCAAUUGUUGCAUAAUUACAUUUUUGUAUAUAUUCACUUUCAGAUGUUCAGAAAUGUUAGGAAUCAGCUACAGCAUUAAAAAAAAAUUUUGCCUACUUUUUUUGUUUAUCCGACAUCAUUUGUGACAUUAAAACGGUAUAAACUGUGUGGCCAUUACUCCAAAAAUGUGAGUCUGUAUGGGUUUUCAGUACGUAACAUAUGUAAUUUGUAAAUGUUACUAUGAUAAAUACACUUUGCAUGUACGUUUUAUUACAAAAAUGCAUCUUGUAUUAACUCGAUAUUAAUUACAAUGAUACACUUUGUUUAUGUUUGUUGAUUCCAGUUAUUUAUAUAGUAAACUACUUACAAUAAAAUUCAUUUGUUACAAUAACUUCAAGCAAA